UGAGGAGGAAGCCGGCCCCGCUUGCAGGUGCUGGGGGGAGCCACAGGGAUCACCCCCCCCCCAGUCUGUGACAGCCAGUUUCCCUAGGUGGUUCAUGACUGAGCCGAGAGGCGGAAGAGAAGAAGGAAAGAGUCUUCUCCCUUGGCCCUGACCCUUUCUCAGGGCUGAAAUCCAAGAGGGACUUCGCAACAUGCAACUCUACAGCAACUAUAUCCCGUCAGGAUUUCUCCUAGUUCUGUUUUACAGUCCUGUCUCUGUGGCCUGGAGUUCCACACUGCCCAGCUCAAUCCAAGCUCUGAAGGGCUCCUGCGUGGUCAUUCCGUGCUCAUUCACCUUCCCAGGUGCCCGUGAUUCCUGGGGAAGAAAAUUCAGUGUGGCUUGGUACCAGUACUGGUCACGAGGUUACCCGGAAAUCUACAACAGCAAGAGCUCAAGGAGCGUUCUUGCCGAGUAUCGGGGGCGGACGGAGGUGGUGGGAGACCUGGAGUUGGGCAACUGCACCCUCAUCCUCAAAGACGUGCGCCGUGAGGAUGCCAUGAGCUACUACGUGUGGAUCAAUCCAGACUCGGUCAGCCACCGGUUCUAUGAUGUCACAGUCCGCCUGGAAGUAACAGAUGUUCCAGAACAGCUCAAGCUGAACGAUCCAGGGUUAUUGACCGAGGGUGACCGGACCUCGUUGGCAUGCUCAGCCUUACACACCUGUCCUCUGUUCCCACCUACUAUCACCUGGAACCUUACUGGCGAGAAAGCUGUGACCAUCCAGGAACGUCUAGCAGAUGGUGUCUGGCGGACAGAGUCGGGGCUCAACUACGUCCCGUCCUACAAAGACCACGGCAAAUAUCUGCAGUGCACAGCCACUUUCCCCACCCAGCAGGUGUCUCGCAGGGGUAUUACUUUGCAAGUCAAAUAUUCCCCAAAGGAUGCAGUCGUCUCUGUGGUGGGGAACCCGACCUUGAAGGAAGGAGACAGCGUCACCCUGCGAUGUAGCAGCCACAGUAACCCCCCCACCCUCAGUUACCGCUGGUUUUUUGGGCCACGCAAGGCACCGCUGAAGGGAGCAGGCACUGGGCCUGCAGUGAAGCUGACAAACGUAACGAGGGACUCUGGGCCAUAUUACUGUGUCGCGGAGAAUGACGUUGGGAUGGGAGAAGACUCACUCCCCACCUACCUCGAUGUAGAGUACAAGCCAGUGAUCCUGCCAGAAGGCAACUGCACCAUAUCCAGGACCGGAGAGAUAGUCACGUGUUACUGCUUGGCAGAAGGAAACCCAGUACCGGGCCUCGAGUGGCACCUGCCGAACCAAACCAUUCCUGAGGACUUCAACAGCUCUGUGCUUCAGGCAGCCUCGGUUUCACUGGGGCACAUGAUCGUUGGGGAACUGAGGGGCCCCGCAUCCAUCUUGGCCAAUGUGUCCUGCUCAGCCACCAAUCGGCAUGGGCCCAGCCAAGUCGCCUUGCCCACCUUCCAAGCAGGCUCUGGAAUGGAAAAUAAGUCCCUGGCAUGCAUGCAGCUAAAAAAUUGUACCAUAGAUGGACACAGCGAGUAUGGGAACUCUACCUUGCUGUUCAUGGCGUGUGGGGUUGCAGCUGGGGGCUUCCUUCUCUUUACCCUGCUGGGUGUUGUGAUCUUUAAAGUGACAAAGACCAGGAAACAGAAGGGGAAAGAGGGGAAAGAGGAGGAGGAAGAAGAGGAAGACCAAACAAUUUAUGUCAAUGAUGGAAAUGGGGAACGAAAGGUAUCUCUUAAAGGAGAAAAGCCAUCCGACUCCAAGGAGGAAGAGAAAGUCAACAUGUACAGCAAGCCAAAGGCCAGAGGGAGCCCAACAACUUACAAUGACCUGUGCGCUGAAGCCUAUGAGACGAUGGAAAGGACAGAUGAAGAUUAUGAGAAUGUACCAUCGUUGGGGCCUCUGGGGAAUUUUGGAAAUCUGAGCAACUGGCAGCCCACGUCUGGGACUGACCAGAUCUACUCCAAUGUCUGAUCCGAGAAGAGAGAGGAAAGAAGCCGCUCGUCCCAAACUUUUCUAUUUAACAAGCGCUUACGUAACUAGAAAUAGUAGCAGCUAGAGCAACUGGUGGGAACAACAGGAAGGCAGAAAGGCUUGAGCUGGUAUCCAUUUAGGACACCUAUAGGAACAACCUUGCACAAUUCCCACCUGGUGAUGCUUUCAUGAGUUAAAGCUCACGUUUUCAGAUACCUGACAAAGCAUCUGAGGAAAUGAGCUUUGGCACAUGACAGCUUAUGGAAAACGCUGUCGGUCUUUAAGGUGCUACUGGACUCGAAUUUUGUUCUACUGCAGACUAACUCGGCUAUCCGCCUGAAAUUAUCCACAUGGUAAAGGUUACCUUCCAGAAUUCUCUGGGAAGUAUGAUUAGUGUAAUCUCCUGGGACUUCUUGCUACAGAAAAUAUAAGCAUUCCUUCCUGCUGUAUUGGGGGGUAUAUUAUGGAGACAGAAUCCUAGAUUCUAAAAUGUGGGGGGAAUAUUUACGGCACUAUCUUCCUUCUGGAGGAAAUAUCCUUGAUCCUGGCCCUGAGGCUUUCUUAGUGUAAGGGAAUAAUUUAAUCUGGAUAACUCCCUGGACUGUCUGCUGAAAGGAGGUGAGCUGUUUAGCCCCGUUCCCCCCACCCCGCCCCCAGAUGUGCUGAGCCUCAUUGUAUCAGUGGAUUUUACUGUCAGACUUGCAAAGUACAUGUCUCUAUUUUUGUACUAUCA